AUGCACGCGUUUGUGGUGGUUGGUCGUGAUACGUUAACGUUUCUGAAUGACACCUUGCAAGAGGCGAUCGAAACGAAGAAUUGUUGUCGUUGUGAAGCUGUAUUGCUGUUAUUCGAACGGGUGGCAGACUAUUUGACUGAAGUGGAUUUUGCCGCUGUAGAGCGUGUUAUCCAGUUGUGCUCUGAAAUUCCGAAAUGGCAAGAGGUUUCGUUGCAUGUCACAGAUGUGUCGAGGCUGGGCAUCACUCUAAUGCGACUUCUUUAUUCAUUGUCACAUCUC